AUGGCUUGGCUCGGGGAGACACGGGCCCGUGAGGUUGAGGUUGACGCCAUGCGUCCAUAUAAACUCAUCAAGUACACGGCAUUACUGCCUCGUAGCGGAUUACUACCAGCAAUUUCCACUGUCCCAGCCAAACGAUACAGCACUGAGCAGACCUCACCUGCCCGGCAGCCUCGCAUUCCGCCCCCUGUACGACCGACACUCGCUGUGUCCACCGAGAAAAGACCAAACUCUGUGACGGAAUAUGCCUUAUCCACGCUGGACGGUCUCAUCAACUGGGCUCGGCAAGGCUCCCUCUGGCCCAUGUCCUUCGGUCUUGCUUGCUGCGCCAUCGAGAUGAUGCAUCUUUCCAUGCCGCGUUAUGACAACGAUCGGCAGGGGAUUAUCUUCCGUGCCAGUCCGCGCCAGUCGGACGUCAUGAUCGUGGCAGGGGGAGUUGAUCGUAUCGUACCCGUGGACAUUUAUGUACCCGGGUGCCCGCCUACGGCUGAGGCAUUGCAAUACGGCAUCUUCCAGCUGCAAAAGAAGAUGGCCGCCGGACAAAGGUUCACGAGGAUGUGGUACCGGAAGUGA